UCAUAACCUUCAUUCACUGCGCAUACGUGAGAAGCACUGCACUUUGUGAAUGGUCCGGCAGUCUUCUGGGACUUGUCCCCUGUCUCUGGUCAUCUCCUGUACUGUGUCCGCAGUCUCUGGUCAUCUCCUGUACUAUGUCCACAGUCUCUGGUCAUCUCCUGUACUGUCCGCAGUCUCUGGUCAUCUCCUGUACUGUCCGCAGUCUCUGGUCAUCUCCUGUACUAUGUCCACAGUCUCUGGUCAUCUCCUGUACUAUGUCCACAGUCUCUGGUCAUCUCCUGUACUAUGUCCACAGUCUCUGGUCAUCUCUUGUACUAUGUCCACAGUCUCUGGUCAUCUCCUGUACUGUGUCCGCAGUCUCUGGUCAUCUCCUGUACUGUGUCCGCAGUCUCUGGUCAUCUCCUGUACUGUGUCCGCAGUCUCUGGUCAUCUCCUGUACUGUGUCCGCAGUCUCUGGUCAUCUCCUGUACUGUGUCUGCAGUCUCUGGUCAUCUAUGUGCUAAGAAGCAGUUGAACACAACAGUCUAAUCAUGCCUUCCCUGCUUUUCACAGGUAAAUUGCUGCUAUCUGCUCUCUCUACUCUAAACUGCAACAAUGCAUAGACUCCUGCUAUCUCUGUGUAAAUUGCUGCUAUCUGCUCUCUCC